AUGGCCAAGUCCGCCGAGUCCACGAGGGGCAGAAGAUUGAGGAGAUCGCGCAAUGUGUCCUCUUUCUUCGAAGAGUCGACGGAGAACGCAACGCCGCCGAAGAUGACGAUGAACGUUAUCGCGGACGUUCAUAGCGGGAGUGAAAGUUUGGGUCGACGGCAACAACGACGAGACAAUGAGAACGACCCCCCCGUGGUCGAAUUGCCGGACAAUAAGGAGACUAAACGGUCCUCUCAGAGUUCCAAAUCUUCUUCGCGAGCGGGCGAAGCACCUCGAAAUCGUUCCUCCGAUCGCGGGCGUUCCUCGAAAGAGCCUUCCAAACAUUUGCACGACGAUCUGACGGUGGAGUCAUUGGAUCUGAUAGAGGAGUUCGAUGCGCCGAGGAGGAGGAGGAGGACCGAGUCUCCCGAGGAGAAACCGCGGCGCAGAAAGCAAUGGAACACCGUGGCGAACGUGACGAACGAGACGGAGGUGGACCCGAAGAGACCACCGCGAAAGCGCUGGUCCAAGGACGCCGGCGUGAUCCGAUUGCCCGAGACGAGCGACGACGCGUCUCCGCUGAUCGACAACUCGCGUAGAACGCCAGUUCCGGCGUCGCGAACCGGCCUGCGUCGAAGCGACGUUCUCCACUUUGACAAUCCGGCGUUCGUGUCCGACAACGAGGAGGAGGAGGAGGUGCUCCGGAUCGAGACUGAUCACAAUCGGGAGAGCACCAAGAUCGAGAUGAGGAGGCUGAGCGACCGCUCGAACUUCGAGGACGAAGCCGGGACUACGUCCGGCGGCUCUUCCUCGAGGAGGCACCGACGGGAAGCGGCAACGACGAACGAGCGUCUCGCGGUGGACAGCGACGGUCGCUCUUCGAAAGCGCGAUCUUCGGAGAGUCGAAGAGACAGCGUCGAGGAACCCGAUGACUCCUCGGCGAACCUGGAAAAAGUCAGCGACGUUCGAUCGAGCUCGAUCGCCUCCGAGGGACGUACGUCGAGCGGCGGAAGGUCUCAACCGGACGCGGUGCGCGACAAAUCGUCGAGGAGAAAAGAGCGACCGUUGUUCAAGAAGAAGAAGGAGCCUCCCAGCGACGAUGCGAUCAUCAGCUCAUCCGCGAGGGAUGCGAAUUCGACGACGGGAGCGGACGCGAGGGUCAGAAAGAAACGAAAGAAGAAACGCAAGCAGGAAAAGGAGGCAACAAAGGGAAGGGAGGAGGAGAUGAAAUUCAUCUCUGUGACGAUUCAUCGGGCGGACGUGCUGGAGGCUGAUUAUGUGAAUGCGAAACGACCGAUGGUCAGGGUUCACAUCGUGGAUGCUCGCACGGGUUCGUAUCUGAAAAGUACGGUGGAGGACGGCGGCGCGUAUCUUCAGCCGAUGAUCACCGGCAAGUUCGACUUCAAGAAGAACAAAUCGAUGAUACCGGCUUGGGAAGAGGAACUUAUCUUCGAGCACGAUUUCAACGCGAUUGUGAAAGAGAGCGAUCAAGUGGUGAUCCUCUUCGAAGUGAUAGAACUCCUAAGCUUCGCUGAUGCGAGUCUCAACUAUGAUAAAGUUGGUAGUGAGGGAUGUUGGAAUAAAAUUGCGUGGGCGUUCCUCAAGCCUGUGGGAGCCAAUAACAUUCUUCAUACGGACAAGAAAGUACGGCUGCAACUUUACAAACCCAGACGAAGCUUUAAAAAAUAUGGGAAACAAAAAUGUGAGGUGUAUACUUGGUGGCAGUCAAACAAUAGGGAUAAGUAUCCUAGCAGUCUUUUAGUAACGGUAACGUCGGUUCCACCACCGAAACUCGAGUCUGUACUGUAUCAGAACCUGCCGUUGAACGAUCUCUUCGACAACGAGCAGAGCGAGUCUCGGGAUCUCUCGAUGCGUACGUCAGAGUCGAUGCCGGGCCUCCCCAAGUGGGCACGGCUCGCCGCACAAUCGUGCAAAAUUCCAAAUGAGAAAAUGUUCGAGACGGAAGUUAGUGAAAACGGCUGCUUCUACGUCGCCUUCAGCAACGACGGCAAGUAUCUGGCCUGCGUCCAUUCCGAGGAGUACGAUUAUCCGAUUGUCGUUUACGAGGUCAAAACCAGCAAGAUUCACGUUCGAUUUCUCGGUCACAAGGCUUUCGUGUACUCUCUAAGCUGGUCCAGCGACGAUCAUUACCUCUUGUCGGCAUCCGCGGAUCAAACGGCGCUUGUCUGGGAUGUUCGCAACCAAAUCGUACAACACGUCGAGAUGCUGCCGCAUCCUUCGUAUGUUUAUUGCGCCAAGUACGGACCCGACAAGGCGACGAUCGUAGCAACAGGAUGUUACGAUCGAGUAGCUCGUAUCUGGGCGAACGACAGGAGAUCGAGGAAGCGAGAACUGAGCCAGGAACUGGAAGGCCACGAGGGUUUUGUCAAUUCUAUGGUUUUUCAAAGAAAUGGUAAUUUGAUCACCGCUGACAGCGUGGGCUUGAUAAUUCUUUGGAAGGCCGACGAAGAUCCCAGGGUAUCAUCGAAAACAAUGUGGAGCAUCUCGCGGAAAAUAAAAAUUAACGAGAUCGAGGGUGUUGUUAUCAAUACAAUUGUUCUGCAUCCGCUCGAGUCGAAGCUUCUUGUGCACUCGAGAGACAAUGGUCUUCGAAUGCUGGAUCUCGCGACCGGUGUGGUUUUACAGAAGUAUAAACAGCUGAAUAAUCAAAGAAUACAGUUAAAAGUUUGCAUAUCGCCCUGCGGUGGAUUAAUUAUGUGCGGCGGCGAAGAUUCCGUAUUAAAUAUCUGGAAUUUGGAGACAGGUAAGCGCUUAGCCAAAUACACGAACGUUGGGCGCAACUCGGUUAAGGCGGUCAUUACCUGCGUGGAUUAUCAUCCUUACGAUCACGUCUUGGCCUACUCGAUAUUCGGUAGCCCUAUGUCAGUUCGCAUUUUGAAAUUCGACAAGAGCGCGAAUGGCAGCGACGUUGGAUUAAUUCUUAUGGAAGAUGCGCCGCAAACUCGAGGUAACGAAGUGGUGCUGAAUGUUCCGAGUUGUCCUUCAUCUCGACAGGCUAUAUUACCUAGCAGCGGCACAAUAGGAAAAGAAAACACCUCGUCUCGUUAUCCCGUAACCGGUCACACGGUAAUACAAAUCGAAAAUGAUCGCGAACAAUCGUGGCCGAUGCUUCACCGUCUUAAAGGAAUAGAGCGAAAGAGGGAGAAAAGCCGGGAUCGACUGCACUGCAUCAUUGAGAAGAUCGACUCGAUGCUGUCCAGGAAUUCAAUGUUUUUCGAAGAUGUUCGCGAAACGAAACGAACCCUUAGCGCAAACUCAGCGAAAGGAUAUCACGAUUCAAGGACCAACGCACAUAACAAUGUCGCUCUUAAUAGAGAUGCGCUCCUCAAGGCCCGCUCCACGCAAUCCCAUACUUUUCUGAAGAAUGAUAAUGACACGCGGACAUCUAGCUUCACGGAUGUAUCCAAAAGUCGGAAUUGUUCUUUUGAUUCUCGCAACUCCGCAGCUUCAUUCAGCAAAACAAACACACCCGUCUCGUCGCACCUAAGUUCCCCGGAUAGCGCUGGUACUUAUGUCAUAGAAAUGUCGAACUUUAAUAAGAACGUCGACGAAGUUGCUGAGAAGUUAAAUUCCGUUCAAAUAACUGAAAGUGAUAACUCGCGGAUCAGUAAUGCUACGUUCGUCAUAGAAAAUGAGCGAUCAUGAAUAAUUUUUCUAUCGUAUCCUUCACUUUUCUUUUAGAAUCAUUUUCUCUUUCGUUUUCUCAUUAACGCACCAUCUUCUACUUCCGCACCAUACAACAAUAUAACAAUUAACAGAACAUAACAGGACAAAAUGCAGAGAAAGGAGAGGAUUAUUGUACAUAAAUUUUAUUAUACGUCAAAACUUUAAUUUCAGAUCAAUAGAAAAAUAAAAAUGUUCAUUACAAAUAAACUUCAUAAGAAUUUCUAAUGACACGCUUACAAUAUGGCAAAGAAGUAAAUUAUCCCAAUCCAGGAGUCAGAUCACGUAUCAAAAAAGAUUAAUUGUGAUGUGUAAUGUUCAAUACAUGUGUGUGUGUGUGUGUGUGUG